AUGUCGACCCCAAUUCCUUCGCCUCCCGGCAUCCCAAUUUUGGGCAACGUCUUGGACAUUGACCCAAACAACGCCAAUCAGAGUCUCCGUCAUCUGGCCGACAAAUAUGGCCCCAUCUUCAAGUUGAGCGUCUUUGGUGCCGACAGAUACAUCAUCAGCUCGGUCGAAUUGCUCAAUGAGAUUUGUGAUGAAAAACGCUUUCACAAGGCGGUGUCUGGUGCACUAGACCAGGUCCGCAACGGAGUAGGAAGUGGCCUUUUCACUGCCUACCAUGGCGAGCACGAUUGGGAGGUCGCUCAUCGAACCCUUGUGCCUGCCUUUGGUCCGAUCGGCAUUCACGAUAUGUACGACGAGAUGUACGACAUUGCAACCCAGUUGGUAGCAAAGUGGGCGCGCGUUGGGCCCGAGCAGAAGAUUGCAGUCACAGACGACUUCACGCGAUUGACCCUGGACUCCAUCGCGCUGUGUGUCAUGGGCAAGCGCUUCAAUUCCUUCUACUCGGAGAAAUUGCACCCCUUCGUCGAUGCAAUGGUGGGAUUCUUGCUGGAAUCUGGGCGCCGGUCUCAACGUACGAGAAUUGGAUCACUUCUCAGCCGAUCGGCCGACCGCCAGUACUUCGAGGACAUCAACACAAUGAGGACCGUCGCCAAGGAAAUGGUUGAGUACCGCAGAGCCAAUCCGGUCGACAAGAAGGAUUUGCUCAAUGCGAUGCUUUUCGGAAAGGACCCGAAGACAGGAGAGAAGAUGACAGAGGACAGUAUCAUCAACAAUAUCAUCACUUUCCUCAUCGCCGGGCACGAAACAACAUCGGGGCUGCUUUCCUUUGCCUUCUACCAGCUUUGCAAGAACCCUGAUGCAAUGCUAAAGGCUCAGCAGGAGGUGGACUCUGUGGUUGGUAAGGGCCCGGUGACGGUGCAGCACGUGACCAAGCUGCCCUAUAUCGAGGCAGUCAUGAGAGAAACCCUCCGACUCAACCCCACAGCCCCUGGGUUCACUGUGAAGCCAUUGGAGACUGUCGCUGGACCUGUGGUCCUUGCUGGAAAAUAUACCAUUCCUCCCGGCCGCCCCAUCAUUGCUAUGCUAUCAAAAUGCGGACGUGAUCCGCUCGUCUAUGGUGCGGACGCCGAAGAGUUCAAGCCCGAGAGAAUGUAUGGAGAGAAUUUUGCAAAACUGCCACCCAAUGCUUGGAAGCCUUUCGGGAAUGGCGCUCGUGGAUGCAUUGGCCGUCCUUUUGCCUGGCAAGAAGCGAUCCUGGCCAUUGCUCUUAUCCUUCAAAACUUCAACGUCAGAUUGGACGACCCAUCGUAUCAACUGCAGAUCAGACAGACCUUGACCGUCAAGCCAGACAACUUGUUCCUACGAGCCACUUUGCGCGAAGGCAUCGAUCCUCUGAAGUUGGAGAGGAAGAUGUAUGCAGGUCUUGAAACCGAAGACGCUCAUCACAAGGAACGCAGUUCUUUGGCCAAGAAAGUUGGUGACGCGGGAAAGCCGAUGCUGAUCCUUUACGGUUCCAACUCAGGCACUUGUGAAGGGCUGGCGCAGGGUCUUGCUGGUGGUGCGGCUAAUCGGGGCUUCAGUGCUACCGUGAAGUCUCUGGACGCUGCUGUCGACCAGCUCCCAAGCAAUCAGCCUGUCGUCGUCAUCACCGCGAGCUACGAAGGCAAUCCUCCUGACAACGCCGGAGGGUUCGUUGAAUGGCUCAAGACGGUGGAUGCUGAAAAGGUUAAGAAUGUGCAAUUUGCUGUCUUUGGCUGUGGCCAUCACGACUGGGUCACGACUUUUCAGAAAAUCCCCAAACUGAUCGACUCCGAGUUGGCCGCGAAAGGGGCGAAGCAAAUUGUGGAGCGCGGACAAUCCGACGUCGCCGAGGGAAAGGUGUUUGACGACUUUGACGAGUGGCAGGACGGCAAACUGUGGCCUGCUCUAUCUGUUGGUGGUGGAGCUGACGAAAUCCCGGAAGCUUUAGACAUGGAGAUCAGCACCACCGCUCGUGCUUCCCACCUCCGGCAUAAUGUGCAGGAGGCAUUGGUCCUGGAGAACGAGCUGUUGACUGAUCCCUCAAUCCCAGAGAAGCGCCACACCGAGUUCAAAUUACCAACCAACAUGACGUACGAAGCCGGAGAUUAUCUUGCUCUGCUACCAGUCAACAAUGUGCGGACAAUCUCGAGGGUCCUCAGCCGAUUCGGACUGCCUUGGGACGCAUUCAUGACACUGGCCAAAGGCGCACAUACCACCAUCCCAACGGAAACACCCAUUGCAAUCACAGCGGUACUUGGAGCGUAUGUGGAAUUGAACCAUCCAGCCAGCCGCAAACACAUUGCGGCUCUGAGCAAAUACACCAAAGACGAAUCUGUUCGCAAGCAAGUCGCAGAAAUCACUGAGCCCUUGUCCGUUCUGGAAAUCAUGGAGAAAUAUCCCAGCAUCGAGCUGCCUUUUGCCGUCUACCUCUCCAUGCUCACACCCAUGCGCAUCCGCCAAUAUUCCAUCUCGUCCUCGCCACUGCAGGACCCGACCAAGGUCAGCAUCACAUACACUGUAGUCGGCGCGGGCACGAGCCAUAUUGGCGUUGCGACGAACUACCUCAAAUCCCUGCAGCCGGGCUUCGCAGCGCAGCUGAUGAUUAAGAAGUCCCAUCCGAGCUUCCACCUCCCACUGGACACAAAGACUCCCAUCAUCAUGGUCUGCGCCGGUACGGGUCUGGCGCCAUUCUUGGGGUUCGUCCAGGAACGCGCCGUGCGCAUGGCCGCCCUCGGCGAAAGCGGAAACCGCGACAAUGCCUUUGGCGAGGCACUCUUGUUCAUCGGUUGCCGCUACCACGACAAGGACCGGUUGCAGGCGCAGCAGAUCGACGAAUGGGCCAAGCAGGGCGCGGUGAAAGUGUUUUAUGCCUUCAGUCGCGAGCUCGAGCGCUCCGAGGGGUGCAAGUACGCGCAAGACCGGCUCUGGCGCGAGCGCGAGACAGUCUUGAACCUGUUCAGUGAAGGUGCCAGGGCGUAUAUCUGCGGCAGCGCGGCAUUGGGCAAGGGCGUCGCGGACGUCGCUGCAAAGAUCGCCGUGGAGGACGCCGAGAAGAAAGGAAAGGACAUGUCUCAUGAAAAGGCCUUGAAGUGGUGGGAAGAUCUGAGGGGUGAGCGCUAUGCGGUCGAUGUCUUUGACUGA